UGAUCGCGGCCAUCGUCCGGUCGUCCCAGCCCCCUCCUCGCUCGGCUCCGCGCGCGCUCGCUCGCCCGCCUUUCCCCGCGGACCCACCAUGUCUGGCGGCGCCUCCGAAAAGCAGAGCAGCACACCGAGCUCCCUGUUCCUCUCCCCGCCGGCGCCGGGCUCCAGGAAUGGCUCCAGCUCCGACUCCUCUGUGGGUGGAAAGCUGGGUGCCGCGGCGACCGACGCCGGCCCCGGCCGGACCGAGGAGUACCGGCGCCGCCGCCACACCAUGGACAAGGACAGCCGCGGGGCGGCCGCCGCCACCACCACCACCACGGAGCACCGCUUCUUCCGCCGGAGCGUCAUCUGUGACUCCAACGCCACCGCCCUGGAGCUGCCGGGACUCCCUCUCCCGGUCCCCCAGCCCGGCGCCUCCGUGACGGUUCCGCAGAGUGCUCCCGCGGAGCCCCACCGGGAGGAGACCUUGACUGCCGCUGUCGCCUCCCAGGUGGCCCAGCAGCCUCCGCCCGCCACCGCCCCUGGGGAGCAAGCCUCCGCGGGCCCUGCCACUGUGACGGUCCCAAGUACCACCAGCAAAGACCUUCCAGUCCCGCAGCACAGCCUUGUGGGGAGCAAAGAGGAUCCGCAGCCCGCGAGAACUGGAAGUGGUAGUGGCGGAGGCGGCAGUGCCAAGGAGCCUCAGGAGGAGCGCGGCCAGCAACAGGAUGAUACAGAAGAGCUGGAGACCAAGGCCGUGGGCAUGUCCAACGACGGCCGCUUUCUUAAGUUUGAUAUCGAAAUUGGCAGGGGCUCCUUUAAGACAGUCUACAAGGGUCUGGACACAGAAACCACGGUGGAAGUUGCCUGGUGUGAGCUGCAGGAUAGAAAAUUAACAAAGUCUGAAAGGCAGAGAUUUAAAGAAGAGGCUGAAAUGUUAAAGGGUCUUCAGCAUCCCAAUAUUGUUCGAUUUUAUGAUUCCUGGGAAUCCACAGUGAAAGGAAAGAAAUGCAUUGUUUUGGUGACUGAACUUAUGACAUCUGGAACACUUAAAACGUACCUGAAAAGGUUUAAAGUGAUGAAGAUCAAAGUUCUAAGAAGCUGGUGCCGGCAAAUCCUUAAAGGUCUUCAGUUUCUUCACACUCGAACUCCACCCAUUAUUCACCGGGAUCUUAAGUGUGAUAAUAUAUUUAUUACUGGCCCUACGGGCUCCGUCAAGAUUGGAGACCUUGGCCUGGCGACUCUGAAGCGGGCUUCUUUUGCCAAGAGUGUGAUAGGUACCCCAGAGUUCAUGGCCCCUGAGAUGUAUGAAGAGAAGUAUGAUGAAUCUGUUGAUGUUUAUGCUUUUGGAAUGUGUAUGCUCGAGAUGGCUACUUCUGAAUAUCCAUACUCAGAGUGCCAAAAUGCUGCGCAGAUCUACCGCCGAGUGACCAGUGGAGUGAAGCCAGCCAGUUUUGACAAAGUAGCUAUUCCUGAAGUGAAGGAAAUUAUAGAAGGCUGCAUAAGACAAAACAAAGAUGAGCGAUAUUCCAUCAAAGACCUUUUGAACCAUGCCUUCUUCCAGGAAGAAACAGGAGUACGGGUAGAAUUAGCAGAAGAAGAUGAUGGAGAAAAGAUAGCUAUUAAGUUAUGGCUGCGCAUUGAAGAUAUUAAGAAAUUAAAGGGAAAGUACAAAGACAAUGAAGCUAUUGAGUUUUCGUUUGACUUGGAGAGAGAUGUGCCAGAAGAUGUGGCUCAAGAAAUGGUAGAAUCUGGGUAUGUUUGUGAAGGUGAUCAUAAGACUAUGGCUAAAGCUAUCAAAGACAGAGUGUCAUUAAUUAAGAGAAAACGAGAACAGCGCCAGUUGGUACGAGAGGAGCAAGAAAAAAGAAAACAGGAAGAGAGCAGUCUUAGACAGCAGGUUGAACAAUCAAGUGUGUCCCAGACAGGAAUCAAACAGCUCCCUUCUGCUAGCACUGGCGUACCUACUGCUCCUACCACAUCAGCUUCAGUUUCUACACAAGUAGAACCAGAAGAGCCUGAGGCAGAUCAGCAUCAACAGCUACAGUUCCAGCAACCAAGUAUAUCUGUGUUAUCUGAUGGGACAACUGACAGUGGUCAGGGAUCCUCUGUCUUCACGGAAUCUAGAGUGAGCAGCCAACAGACAGUCUCAUAUGGUUCCCAACAUGAACAGGCACAUCCUGCUGGUACAGUCCCAGGACAUACAGCUGCUGCUGUCCAAGCACAAUCUCAGCCGCAUGGCGUGUAUCCACCUUCAUGUAUGCCUCGUCGUGGCCGUAGCAUGUCGGUUUGUGUUCCCCAUCUUUCUCCCGUUCCUUUUCUGCCCCGCAUCUCUCCCAGUGCUCCUUCCACCCCACCACCACCAGUGCUGUCUGCACCUCUUUCUCCUUCCCUCCUUCGGACUGCCCCUGAGGAAACUUUUGCCGAAAAGCUUUCUAAAGCAUUGGAGAGUGUCCUGCCUAUGCACUCUGCCUCUCAGCGCAAGCAUCGACGCUCCAGCCUGCCUUCCCUCUUUGUCAGUACUCCUCAGUCCGUGGCGCAUCCGUGUGGGGGGACCCCAACAUACCCAGAAUCACAGAUAUUUUUCCCAACUAUUCAUGAGCGUCCAGUUUCUUUUUCACCACCUCCCACCUGUCCACCGAAAGUAGCCAUGUCCCAGCGGCGUAAGAGCACCUCCUUCUUGGAAGCCCAAACUCGCCACUUUCAACCCCUGCUGAGGACUGUGGGCCAGAAUCUUCUUCCACCUGGUGGCAGCCCAACCAAUUGGACACCAGAGGCUGUAGUUAUGUUGGGUACUACAGCCAGUAGAGUAACUGGAGAGCUAUGUGAGAUACAGGUCCAUCCUACUAUGUCUGAACCAACUCAAGUUUACAGUGACUAUAGACCUGGACUAGUACUUCCAGAAGAAGCUCGCUAUUUUAUUCCUCAGGAAGCAGUGUAUCUAGCUGGGGUACAUUACCAGGCCCAGGUGGCAGAACAGUAUGAGGGCAUUUCAUACAACUCACCGAUACUGUCAAGUCAUAUGAAACAAAUACCUGAACAGAAGCCAGUACAAGGGGGCCCUACCUCAAGUGCUGUCUUUGAAUUUCCGUCUGGACAGGCUUUCCUGGUAGGACACCUUCAGAAUUUAAGAUUAGAUUCUGGAUUGAGUUCAGGAUCUUCCCUCUCCAGUGUUUCUCCACCACACAGUACAGAUGCUACAUGUUUCAAAUUUCACCCCGUCUUUGUUCCUCAUUCUGCGCCUGCUGUGUUAACUCACAGCAAUGAGAGCAGAAGCAACUGUGUAUUUGAAUUUCACGCUCAGACACCAAGCUCCUCUUCAGGAGAAGGAGGUGGAAUUUUACCACAACGUGCUUACCGAAGUCAACAAGUUGCAGUGGAUGCAAAUCAGGAUGAAACGCCUCCACAGUCAGUUGGAUUACAUGGCCACCUGCAGCCUGUGACUGAAGAACAGCGUAAUUACCAUGCCCCAGAACUGACCAUUUCUGUGGUAGAGCCUGUCGGACAGAACUGGCCAAUAGGAAGCCCAGAAUAUUCCAGUGAUUCCUCACAAAUCACUUCAUCAGAUCCCAGUGAUUUUCAGUCACCUCCCCCUACAGGGGGAACAGCUGUACCUUUUGGCUCUGACUUCUCAUUACCCUUUAUCCAUCUGCCUCAGACAGUGUUACAAGAAUCCCCACUUUUCUUCUGUUUCCCCCAAGGAACCACAUCUCAGCAGGUCUUAUCUGCCUCAUUUUCUUCAGGAGGAUCUACACUCCAUCCACAGGCACAGGGGCCGAGCCAGAGCCAGCCAUCCUCCAGUAACUUAGCAGGGGUUCCAUCUUCCCAGUCUGUCCAACAUCCUCAGCAGCAGGGAGUACAGCAGACAGCCCUUCCUCAACAGACAAUACAGUAUUCUCUUACACAGACAGCAAUCUCCAGUGAGGCCACUACUACACAGCCAGUGAGUCAUCCUCAAGCUCCACAGGUCUUGCCUCAGGCAUCAGCAGGAAAACAGCUUCCAGUUUCCCAGCCAGUACCAACUGUCCAAGGCGAACCUCAGAUCUCAAUUGCGACACAACCCUCAGUUGUUCCAGUCCACUCUGGUGCUCAUUUUCUCCCUAUGGGACAGCCACUUCCCACUUCUUUACUCCCACAGUACUCUGCUUCUCAGAUUUCCAUAUCAACUCCUCAUGUGUCUACGGCUCAAACAGGUUUUUCAUCCCUUCCUGUCACAAUGGCAGGUGGCAUUAAUCAGCCUCUGCUCACCUUGGCUUCAUCUGCUACAUCAGCUACAAUCCCAGGGGCAUCAACUGUGGUUCCUAGUCAGCUUCCAACUCUUCUGCAGCCUGUGACUCAGCUGCCAAGUCAGGUUCACCCGCAGCUCCUGCCAUCAGCAGUUCAGUCCAUGGGAAUACCAGCUAACCUUGGACAAGCUGCUGAGGUUCCACUUCCCUCUGGAGAUGUUCUCUACCAGGGCUUUCCUCCUCGACUGCCACCACAAUACCCAGGAGAUUCAAAUAUUGCUCCCUCUUCCAACAUAGCUUCUGUUUGCAUCCAUUCUACAGUUCUAUCCCCUCCUAUGCCAACAGAAGCAUUGGCUACACCAGCUUACUUUCCUACUGUGGUGCAGCCUUACGUGGAAUCAAAUCUUUUGGUUCCUGUGGGCGGUGUAGGAGGACAGGUUCAAGUGUCCCAACCAGCAGCGAGUUUAGCACAACCCCCCACUACAUCCUCCCAGCAAGCAGUUCUAGAGAGUACUCAGGGAGUCUCUCAGGUUGCUCCCCACGAGCCACUUCCAGCAGCACAGCCACAGCCUACCCAGCCUGUCACUUUGGUUUCCUCUAUAGACAGUGCACAUUCGGACGUUGCUUCAGGUAUGAGUGAUGGCAAUGAGAAUGCCCCAUCAUCCAGUGGGAGGCAUGAAGGGAGAACAGCAAAGCGGCAUUAUCGAAAAUCUGUAAGAAGUCGCUCUCGUCAUGAAAAGACUACACGCCCAAAAUUAAGAAUUUUAAAUGUUUCAAAUAAAGGAGACCGGGUAGUAGAAUGUCAAUUAGAGACUCAUAAUCGGAAAAUGGUUACAUUCAAGUUUGACCUAGAUGGUGACAACCCUGAGGAGAUAGCAACAAUUAUGGUGAACAAUGACUUUAUUCUAGCAAUAGAGAGAGAGUCUUUUGUGGAUCAAGUACGGGAAAUUAUUGAAAAAGCUGAUGAAAUGCUGAGUGAAGAUGUCAGUGUGGAGCCAGAGGGUGAUCAGGGACUGGAGAGUCUCCAGGGAAAGGAUGAAUAUGGCCUUUCAGGUUCCCAGAAAUUGGAAGGAGAAUUCAAACAACCAAUACCUGCAUCUUCCAUGCCACAGCAAAUAGGUGUUCCCCCUGCUAGUUCUUUAACUCAAGUCGUUCAUUCAGCUGGAAGGAGAUUUAUAGUAAGUCCUGUGCCAGAAGGUCGGUUACGAGAAUCCAGAGUUUUCACCAGUGAAAUACCAGAUACAGUUGCUGCCUCCACAUCUCAGGGCCCUGGAAUGAAUUUAUCUCACUCUGCCUCAUCCCUCAGUCUCCAGCAGGCAUUUUCUGAACUUAAACGCACUCAGAUGACUGAAGGACCCAGUACAGCACCCCCAAACUUUAGUCAAACAGGACCAACAUUUUCUCCUUUCUUUGGUAGUGCUGCUGGAGGCCCUCCAACCACUACAGCACCCACAUCUUCAGUGUCAGUCCCUAUAACAAGCAGCCCUCAUAAUGGCAUUUCCACAUCAGUAAUACCGCCUGAGGUUAUAGUGCCCACUGAAAAGGGGGUUGCUGGAGUUGUCACCGGCACAAGUGCAGUAACUUCAAGUGGUCUUUCUGAACCACCUGUGUCUGAGUCGCCAGUACCCUCUAGUGUGGUGUCAAGCACUGCUGUCCCUACAGUUGUCUCGGUGCCUGCAGCAUCCCAGCCGGUUCAGGCUUCCACAUCUGGGAGCACUGUUCCUAGUGUAGGCACUUUUCCUUCUGUAACAGUUUCAACGACUUCAGCCUCUGUCUUAAGCGGUACACCUGCCUCAGGUGCCAAGCCUCCAACUGUUUUAUCUCAGCAGGCAGUAGGUAGUACUGCGGGGGUAGCCUCAGUUUCUGCUACCACUCCACUCACAAGCAUCCUUUCACAACCGUCUCUUCAGCUCAGCAGCAGCACCUCUGCUUCUGCUCCAGCUGAAACAGUAGUGGUUAGUGCACACUCAUUAGACAAAACACUUGAUAGCAGUACAGCUGGGUUGGCAUUGCCCUUCUCUGCACCAUCUUCUUCCUCCCCUGGAACAGGAGUGGCUAGUUCUACUUCUCAGCCUGGUGGACUGCAUCCUUUGACCAUCCCACCAGUUGUAGCAUCUACGCCUGUCCUUCCCCAGGCAGCAGUUCCUGCUUCUGUACCUUUAUUACCUCAAGUCCCUAGUAUCCCACCCUUGGUCCAACCUAUUUCCAGUGUGCCAGCUGUACAGCAGACACUCAUUCAUAGUCAGCCCCAGCCAGCCUUGCUUCUCAACCAGCCCCAUACCCACUGUCCAGAAAUAGAUACUGAUACCCAGCCCAAAGCUCCUGGGAUUGAUGACAUAAAAACUCUAGAGGAAAAGCUGCGGUCUCUCUUUAGCGAACACAGCUCCUCUGGAACUCAGCAUGCCUCUGUCUCACUAGAAACAUCACUAGUAGUAGAGACCACUGUCACACCAGGCAUCCCAACCACUGCUAUCGCACCAAGCAAACUCAUGACUUCCACUACAAGUACUUGCUUACCACCAACCAAUUUACCAUUAGGAACAACUGGUUUGUCAGUUAUACCAGUGGUCACACCUGGGCAAGUUUCUACCCCAGGGAGCUGUGUUUCAGCCACAGUCAGCACAGCAUCAGGAGUGAAACCCGGAGCUGCUCCCUCAAAACCACCUUUAACCAAGGCUCCGGUGCUGUCAGUGGGUACUGAACUUUCUGCUAGUACUCUAUCCAGUGAGCACCUGCCACUUUUUCCUGGACCUUCACUAACUCAGUCUCAGCAACCUCUAGAAGAUCUUGAUGCUCAAUUGAAGCGAACACUUAGUCCAGAGACUAUUACAGUGACCUCUGCCAGUGGUCCUGUGUCCGUGGUGGCUCCAACAGCAGCUACAGAAGCAGGAGCACAGCUUCAGAAGGAUGUCUCUCAAGGCACAGAAGUAACCAGUUCAGGAGCUGGUGUUUUAAAAAUGGGACGAUUUCAGCUCCUUUUAAUGCUGGUAUUGUUGCUGUUUAUACCUCCAGGGACCAGCAGCACAAACACUGUCGGGGGAACAGUGAACAGCCAAGCUGCCCAAGCUCAGCCUCCUGCCAUGACGUCUAGCAGGAAGGGCACAUUCACAGAUGACCUGCACAAGCUGGUGGACAACUGGGCCCGAGACGCCAUGAAUCUUUCAGGCAGGAGGGGAAGCAAAGGACACAUGAAUUACGAAGGUCCUGGCAUGGCAAGGAAGUUCUCUGCACCUGGGCAGCUGUGCAUCUCCAUGACCUCGAACCUGGGCGGCUCUGCCCCCAUCUCUGCAGCAUCGGCUACCUCUCUAGGUCACUUCACCAAGUCUAUGUGCCCCCCACAGCAGUACGGUUUUCCAGCUACCACAUUUGGCACUCAGUGGAGCGGGACAGGUGGCCCAGCUCCACAGCCACUUGGUCAGUUCCAGCCUGUGGGAACUGCAUCCUUACAGAAUUUUAACAUCAGCAACUUGCAGAAAUCCAUCAGCAACCCGCCAGGUUCCAACCUGCGGACCACUUAGACCUAGAGACUGAGCAGAUCUGGGAGCCAGAGACAGAAUGCUGAGGGCUGGGGGAUGGAGAAGUAACCUGUAUACUAACUUCUAGUGCUGCAUUUAAUUGGUUAUUUCUUGCCAGAAGGGAAUGUAUUUAAUACCGCCUUGAGCCCUCAGAAUAAUCUCCAUGCCCCUCCACUGCUGGAGUGGACAAGGAGGAGAAAGUAACUUUGCUGUGGAGGGCAGCUUCAGACUAUACUUUCCUGUUUUAUCUUUCCCCACGCUGAGGCCUAGGGCUGAAAGAAAAUCUCAUCAGGAAGCUGGAGGAGAGCUCGGUGUAAAACUAAACCUCAUCUGUCAUAUUUGCAAGGUGAUGGAGUUCUUAAUGGUGGUAUAUGACCCAAAUCCAUUACUCCCUCAAAAAUUCAACUGUAAAAUGAAAAAAAUGGGGUUCUCUCCAGCUCUGUCCUCCACCCUCACUUUAACUCGCCUCUCCUUUAGAAACCCAGUGGAAAAUACCAGGGGCCUGGGUUGCAGCCCUUUCUUAUGAUAGGUCAUUAGUGCUUUAAGCAGAAGAAGACAUUAGCAGCUUUGACUGCAGCAUUAGCAAUUAGGGGGGAAGGAAAAAAAUACGUUCCCUGCGGACAUGUAACUUUGCCAUCAGUUUUGAUGUGGAAACACUGUGAUAUAUGUUGUUGGACAACAGUAGUUUUAAGAGUAAAGUAUGAAAGGUUUAAAAAGUUCACACAAAAAAGCUAGCUCUCUCCUUUACUAUUGAGACACUUUAACUUUUUCCUUUGUACUUCCAUUGUAUUAGAUAAAUAAAUGUGAAUGUAAAAUUAUAUAAUUACUGUACUUGAAUACUUCUGUUCUCCCAGUAUUGCUUGCUGGAUAUUUUAGUGCCUUGGACUUAUAUUGCUUCUGCCAUUAGCAUUGCUUACCAGAUUCCAGAUCAGCAAAGGCACAUGGAAAGAAAUCUUAGGUCCAUGUGACCCCACAGUGGAUAUGCCAAAGGGAAAUUGAGAGGGUUUUUUUUUUUUUAAGUCAUUCAACAGUUUUGUCUAGAGCAGGUAUAAAAUGAGUAAGGUGAGAAGUUGAGUUGGCAUCCAUGGUUGAAAGCAGAAAGUUCUGUUUCAGGACUAGUGAAGUGGGGUGUUACAACAAAAUUGGACAAUUUAAAAGAUGGACCUGUUAGCUGAGUGAACCUAGAAGGUCUAAAGAAUGGAGAACAGAUUUGUUUUGAAGAUACGAAUGCCUGGCCAGUGACUGUCGUAAGUCUAAUUUGAGCUGGGCCUGAACAGGUGAGAUCAAGAAGAAAUGAAGCACAAGAAGAGGGUAGAGGCUGACUUUGGAAGUUGGGCAGUGUGAUAGCGAAGAGUCACAGAUGGAGAAGGUUGCUCUGAGAACCUGUGUGGAUUACUUUCCUCUUGCUGCAUAUGCACCAUGCAUUUGGCAGCGUGGGGUGCUGGGUUCUGUGCAAAGCGGGCCCUCCUGACUAGUAAGCACUAUAGGAAAGGUUUCUUCCUACCCAUUUCCUCUGUGAUAUCCAAGUGGUUGCAGAUUCAUAAUGUAUUGUGCCACCUCUAUUUCCAGAUUUUUAAGUAACAUUCUCAUUUUCAUAUGCAUCUUCCCCUUAAAUAGUAACUGCAACCAACCAGUAUUACUUAGUUCUAUGCCUAAAGUUACAGGCAGUUCUAAAACUUGCAGAGCUUUCCGGAUAUGCUGUCCUAAUUGGCUAUGAUUGGGAUCUCAUUCUUCUCACAAGAUACAGCAAGCAGCUACAACUCAAGUCUUGAGUGCUUCUUCUCUUGACUUAGUUGGGAAGCUGAUGUAUUUCCAGCCUAUACCCACCUCAAGGGCACACUGCAGGCAUCACCACCCCAGGAAGAGCCGGUGGCUACCUGAAUCCUGUUCGUUCCUUUCUGGGCCCUGUUUUCUUUCUUGGCUGGCCUAGGCCCAGUGAUAACAAAUGAGUGCUGGGGGUUGUUGGGAAAUGAAAGCGACAGGGUUUUAAGCCCUGCUUCAAAAGUACUGGCUAAUUUAUUCUCUGCUUACCAUUCUUGUGGCAAGAAUAAGAAAGAGUACAGACAGAACCAAGAAGGUGCCAGUAAAUGGGAAGAGAUCACCUGCAGUGAAUGAAACAGUACCUUCUACCAGAGGAAUGAGGGAGCCAGAUGCGCCACGUUACUGUUUUGUUAUUUUGGUUUAGUAAUUCUGAGGUCGUCUCAUUCAUACCCAGAAAUAACUGGUUUUGUUUACUGUUGAUUUUCCCCCUCCUAUGGAUGAAACAGCUGAAGCCUAGAGGAACAAACUAGUGCUACUGAACUGUUUAAAUUAUUUUUGUGUUAAUAAUACAUUUUGAAUAUCUUUUUCCACAUUACAAAGAUCUUUUUGAAUUAUAAAUGUUUUCCUUACAUUAUUUAACAAUGUACACUGUUUUAAAAAAAUAAACAGUCAAACCUUGGGGGUAUCCCAGCAGCCGUUAAUUGUACAUUUUGCACUAACUCUGGGUGUUGCGCUUCUUGUAAGACUGCGCUUUGUGCUUCAGUUUCUUACCUUUGUAGACUUAUUUAAUGAAACGUUCAAAUAAACCAAACUUGCUUUUGUUGA